ACCUGGUUGUAUUGUUUACAUUUUGAAUCAUUUCUAUGGCUUAAUAAUUUAAUAUGUUUUGAACGCGUUCUUCAAUGAAUCGUCCCAGCAAUGCCUGGUUUCGUAUAUCGCUGUUUAUUGAAUAAAUCUAAAUGGCAGGGAUAUGUUGACAAGAUAGCAAGCUUGCUAACUAGCCAGAUAGCCACCUAGCUUGCUAAUCCAGGCAACCGCUGUUGUUGAUAAAUAAAAAUAUGGCUAAUUCUGUUUCAAUAAGAUUCAGUUCAAACAGAUUAACUAACUUGUCGUUUUAGCUUGACAAAUAGUUUGUUGUCCUUUAUGUCCGUAUAAAUGUGUUUUUGUGAAAACACUGGCAGUCGUAUGAUGACUUUAUCAAUAAUUUCUGUUGACUGUUGUGGCCGGCAUUCAAUGUGAUAACCAGAUAGCUUAGCUUUCUAUGUGGCCAGCUUUCUGUCGAUAGUUAGCCAGGUAACUGCCUAAUUUGUAUAAUUUCCUCACGUCUCGUAUAGCUAGACAGUAUUAGCGAACUGUCAUGGGUGUAGUCCAUGUUGGGACAUUUAUUUCUCCACUGGUAUUAUAAGUUCACAUGGCUGAAAUUCAUCCGUUUAUAGUCACAACAUAUUUAGUCAUUCAGCUUUGUAUAGAUAGCUACCCUUGUUUUUUUUUUUUGGUGUUAUAAUCUCGUUUGCAGUCGCGAUGAUGUAAAGAAACCCUUUUUCCUAAAGCUGGCAAAUCGUAGCAAUCGUUCAUUUGCUGACUGACAGGUUGUCAAACGAAAUCGGCUGAUUUGAUUAAUCGUUUACUCUGCAGAGAUGACACGUUCAUCAGCUUUUGCUGGACUAAUCUAAACGCAGCUAUCGCCUCUGACAGUAUUCCUGAAACUUCGGACCUCAAGAAAAUGGCAGGAUUCGAUAGAGCCUGAGUGAGCUAUCACAAAAAAGAAAAGUCUGGAGUGAAAGAUGUUUAGCGCGAGUCAAAGCUCAAAGUCUGAGUUCCUGGACAAAGCCAGGCAGGCCCGCGAGGAGAGGAAGGGCCACAAGGAACGCGAGAGAGCCGCAACCCAGAUCCAGGCGCUGGUGCGGAGGUUCCUCUGUCGCUGUCGGCUGCAAAGGGAAAUUAGGAAAGACGUGGAUGACUUCUUUCAAGCCUGUGAUGCAGGAACUGCAAAAAGAAAUGCUCUUUCUAUUUUUAAAAUAGCAAGGAAACUAUUAUUUAUAUUUGCUAAUGAGGAUAAGUUGAGGUUUGAGAAGCUAUGUCGGUUUAUUCUUGCCAGCAUGGAGGUUGAAAACGAACCAAAAGUAUGGUAUGUGUCCUUGGCACUUUCUAAGGACCUCACCAUCCCCUGGAUCAAACAAAUCAAAGAUGUUCUGUGGCUGUCCUGUGAGUUCCUGAAAAAAUUAAAGCCGGACAUACUGCAGGACAAUAAGUUGGUGACUCUGUACCUUACCAUGUUAAUGACUUUCACGGACACGUCAAAAUGGAAGAUACUGAGAGGGAAAGAGAAUCUCAGGCCCGCACUGAAUCGAAUCUGCGAGAACAUCAUGGGGCAUCUCAAUCAGAAGGGGUUCUACACUGUACUGCAGAUUUUGUUGACGAACGGUCUGGCUCGGUCUCGACCCUCCCUCACAAAGGCCACCCUCACGGCGGUGUUUACGCUGUCGCUAAGGCCUGUCGUGGCGGCCCAUUUCUCGGACAACCUCCUGAGGUCCUUCCUCAUCCACGUCAUGUCCGUGCCGGCGGUCAUCUCCCACCUCAACACCCUCACGCCGGAGUGCAUGGCCACCAUCCAGGCCCAUGACCUGCUGCGGAAGUUCAUCCUGUUCCUGAGCCGGGCGGAGCAAUGCGCAGACAUUUGCGUCUGUCUGGAGGGGAGCCACUCCCUCUGCCUGCUGGGGAACCUGAUUCACCUGGGCUUCCUGAAUGAGAAGGUGCUGGAAGAGGAGGCCAAUCACUUCGUGAAGGACCUGACGGACAUGCUGUCCUACUGCCAGAGAUACGUCUCGCAGAAGAAGUCCAACCUCACCCACUGGCACCCGGUGCUGGGCUGGUUCUCCCAAACUGUCGACUACGGGCUGAACGAGUCCAUGCCCCUGGUGACCCGGCAGCUCCAGUACCUCUGGGGGGUGCCCGUCAUCCGGACGCUGUUCAGCGACGUCCUCAGCAAGAAGCUGGAGAGCCAGGAGCCCACGCCUCCGCCCCCGCAGCCAACCACGUCGCAGAACAACCUGCCAGUCAAGAACCUGUUCAAGCGGGCCUUCCAGAAGUCGGCCUCGGUGCGGAACAUCCUGAAGCCGGUGGGCGGGAAGCGUGUGGACUCGGCCGAGGUGCAGAAGGUGUGCAGCAUCUGCGUGCUCUACCAGACGGCGCUGACCACCCUCACCCAGAUCAAGCUCCAGAUCCUGACCGGUUUGACCUACCUGGACGACCUGCUGCCCAAGCUGUGGGCCUUCAUCUGCGAGCUGGGGCCCCAGGGGGGCCUCAAGCUGUUCCUGGAGUGCCUGAACAACGACACGGAGGAGUCCAAGCAGCUGCUGGCCAUGCUGAUGCUGUUCUGUGACUGCUCGCGCCACCUCAUCACGAUCCUGGACGACAUCGAGGUGUACGAGGAGCAGAUCUCCUUCAAGACGGAGGAGCUGGUCACCAUCUCCUCCUUCCUCAACACCUUCGUGUACAAGAUGAUCUGGGACGGGAUCCUGGAGAACGCGAAGGGCGAGAAGCUGGACCUGUUCCACAGCGUGCACGGCUGGCUCAUGGCGCUGUAUGAGCGAGACUGCCGCCGGAAGUUCUCUCCCGACGACCACUGGCUGCGCAAGGACCUGAAGCCCAGCCUUCUGUUCCAAGAGCUGGAGAAAGGCAAGAGGCGAGCCCAGCUGCUGCUGCAGUACAUCCCCCACGUCAUCCCACACAAAAACAGGGUCCUACUCUUCCGCAACAUUGUGACCAAGGAGAAGGAGACCCUGGGAUUGGUGGAGACCAGCUCCGCCUCCCCUCACGUCACGCACAUCACCAUCCGCCGCUCGCGAAUGCUGGAGGACGGGUACGACCAGCUGCGACGGCUUCCCAACAACUCCAUCAAGGGCGUCAUCCGCGUCAAGUUCGUGAACGACCUCGGGGUGGACGAGGCGGGAAUCGACCAGGACGGGGUCUUCAAGGAGUUCCUGGAGGAGAUCAUCAAGAAGGUCUUCAACCCGGGGCUCAAUCUCUUCAAGACCACCAGCGGGAAUGAGAGGCUGUACCCGUCGCCAACGUCCUACAUCCACGAGAACCACCUGCAACUCUUUGAGUUUGUGGGGAAGAUGCUGGGGAAGGCCAUGUACGAGGGCAUCGUGGUGGACGUCCCUUUCGCCUCCUUCUUCCUGAGCCAGGUCCUGGGCCACCACCACAGCAUGUUCUACAGCUCCAUCGACGAGCUGCCCUCCCUGGACUCGGAGUUCUACAAGAACCUCACCUCCAUCAAGCGCUACGACGGCGACGUCAGCGACCUCGGCCUGACCCUGUCGUACGACGAGGACGUCAUGGGGCAGUUGGUGUGUCAUGAACUGAUCCCAGGGGGGAAGACCAUGCCCGUCACCAAUGAGAAUAAGAUCAGCUACAUCCACCUGAUGGCGCACUUCCGCAUGCACACGCAGAUCAAGGACCAGACCGCCGCCUUCAUCCGCGGCUUCCGCUGCAUCAUCAACCCCGAGUGGCUGCACAUGUUCUCCACCCCCGAGGUGCAGCGCCUCGUCUCCGGGGACAACGCCGAGAUCGACCUGGACGACCUCAAGAAGCACACGGUGUACUACGGGGGGUUCCACAGCAGCCACCGCGUGAUCAUCUGGCUGUGGGACAUCCUGUCCAACGACUUCACGGCAGAGGAGAGGGCCAUGUUCCUCAAGUUUGUCACCAGCUGCUCCCGCCCCCCCCUCCUGGGGUUCGCCUACCUCAAGCCCCCCUUCUCCAUCCGCUGCGUGGAGGUGUCGGACGACCAGGACACGGGGGACACGCUGGGCAGUGUGCUGAGGGGCUUCUUCACCAUCCGGAAGAAGGAGCCGGGGGGCCGGCUGCCCACCUCCUCCACCUGCUUCAACCUGCUCAAGCUGCCCAACUACAGCAAGAAAAGCAUCCUGCGGGACAAGCUGCGCUACGCCAUCAGCAUGAACACGGGCUUCGAGCUGUCCUAGCGCCCCCGCGCUGCGCUGGAGCUCCGCCCACAAAGGGGGCGUGUCCCAGCACGCCGGAGCUCCGCCCCCUACUACUGCUACUGCUGCUGCUGCUGCUGCUGCCCACGUGCAGACACACACCGGCGCCGCCCACCACCACCGCGGCCCCUCCACUCGCCUUCCGGGAAAAACAAUCAACCCGCUGGUGUCGCAGCAGCUAACCAAUCACAGACAGCUCAGCGAUCCGUUUUUAAAAAAGAUAACCUAUCGGAGCGGUCUAAAUGACGAUGAUGACGCUCUCACUGACUAACACUCCCUGUUGAUAAAUAUCCCUUGUUAAGCCCCCCCCUCCGCCCCUUGCAACAUAAAUAUGUAAAUUAACUACAUGACAUGCCUAAUAAAAUGGCUUCAACUCUAGUAUUUCUCAGGCACAGGAACAACUCUCGCUUAACGUUAACUGGAAAAGCAAUACAGAUGCAAGCCAUGACUAGUUCAUUUUAUUCGACUUUUUAGCGAACCGAGGAAUGAUUUCAGAUGUGGUUGGCACACGCACGCAAUCAUAGCAAACUCCUUCAAUCUGUUAAGCAGACUCUAAAAAAAAAA